GGCCACAGGACAAAAGCCCCCUCUCACAGUUUCCCCAAAGCUACUUUCCCUCAAACCCAAACCUGAGCAGCUUGCUUCUCCUUUCUUGGUUGCCUUCUUCUUGCUUGCUUGUUGCUUCUUUGAGCCCCUCUCCUCCUUGCUCAAGUUUGGUUUCAGCAUAGCGGGGGAAGGGAAGCAUAGGCUGGUUUUGAUUCCUGAAGAACAGCCAUGUUUCAUGGUGGUAGGCCUCUCUCCCUCAGGGGCUCUCUCAAGGCCCUUGAAGCCGAUAUCCACCAUGCCAACACCCUGGCGCAUGCUAUACACAGGGCCUACGGGGGCACCUGUGUGCAGAUGAGGCUGUCCUACAGCUCCAUGGCUCCAAUCAUCCUCAACCUUAUCCAGUGGAUGGACUGCAGCUGCUCCCUUUCAUACACCCUCCCUAGCUAUCUAGGCCUUCUUGAGGUUCUUGUGUACAAGGUCUAUGUUGAUGAGGACGCAUCUAUAUCCACAAUUGAAAGGCGAGCAAGCCUUAAAGAAUUCUAUGCUAUCAUAUAUCCAUUCUUGCAACAACUUGAGGGAAACGUCAUGGAGAAAGACUGCAAGGAGAAAGGGUGGGGCAAGGGGGGAGCCGACGCUGGUGGCCGGAAGCUUUACGCCGAUGAUAAGGAUGCCGAGAGAGAAGAUGAGUGCGGCAUUUGCCUGGAGACUUGCACCAAGAUGGUCCUUCCCAACUGCAACCACGCCAUGUGCAUCAACUGUUACCGAGAUUGGUAUACAAGAUCUCAGUCAUGCCCUUUCUGCCGCGGAAGCCUGAAGAGGGUCCGAUCCAGGGACCUCUGGGUGCUCACCGGUGACGACGACGUGAUCGACACAGUGACCCUGGAGAAGGAGAACGUGAGGCACUUCCACAGCUUCAUCGACAGCCUGCCUCUGAUCAUCCCCGACAAUGUCCUGCUAGUCUACUACGACUACCUAGUCUAACGAAGCCCCUCUAAAAAGAGGGGAGAGCGUUGUACAAGGGUUCCCCGGCAGUCAAGCCGACCAUCCUCGGGGGAUCGAGUCUGGCAAGUGAAGCCGAAGCCGUCCGUUGCGAAGCACCAUUAUUUGUUACAGUGGCUUUGCGUAAUCGCAUCAUUGUGGUAAUAAUAAUUGUACAGAAAAAGAUGUUGAUGGAUCACCGAUAAAGGUUUUUACCACCUGUUUGGCAUCUCUGCCAUGGCAAAUUGCCAAGUUAUUAAAGAAGAACAGGCAUUUGGUAGUACUUUGCUGCAGCAA